UCUGAUACGGACUACACCCAGCCGCUGCCUCACUGCCCUGGCUUUCUUUGCUGCCCCAGCCUUCGCGUUGCUCAACGUCGAAGUGUGGGUUCGAUUGGAGACUCUAAAUUAGUCUGCGGGCUUUUUUUCAUUCUGUCUUGCCUCUUAUUUGGCGACAACACUAAAAAAAUAGGUUUAGUUUUUUAAAUUAAAUAUAUUUAUAUCAUCAGUUUCUUGAAAAUGUCUUGGCAAAGCUACGUGGAAAACCUGAUGGCCGAUGGCAGCUGUCAGGAUAGCGCCAUUGUUGGUUAUAUGGACGCCAAAUAUGUUUGGGCAGCACAUGCCGGUGGUACAUUCAACAAUAUCACGUCUCAGGAAAUAGACGUCCUUAUCGGUAAAGACAGGGAGACCUUUUAUACCAGCGGUCUCACUCUGGGCUCAAAGAAGUGUUCAGUCCUCAGAGACAGCCUCCAGGAUGAGGGCGACUGGACAAUGGACAUCAGGACAAAGAGCCAAGGAGGAGAACCUACAUACAAUAUCUCUGUGGGAAGAGCCGGCAAAGUAUUGGUUAUAGUCAUGGGAAAGGAGGCGGUCCAUGGUGGAAAUCUUAACAAGAAAGCACAUGCAAUGGCUGAGUACCUGAGGAAGUCUGGAUAUUAAGCAACCUCUCCACCCGUUCGUCACCUUAGCAGCUCACUACCACUCACCGUAUUGUGUUGACACUACUUCCAGGAUUAGGUGGCAUACAGUGUUACUUCCUAUCCAGUCUACUUUUAUACACAACCUUUUGUUUGCUUAACCCUCCCAACACCACACUCUUUAUUUUAUUUAUUUUUUUAAUGAUCCCCACUUUAACAUUGUACUUCUGAUGUUUCUGACACUACAGUAAUGGCAUGUUCAUUGAAAUGUUAACCACAAGUGUGCAUCAAAUAUGAUCGCAAAGUGUAAUAAAAGUGUUCAACAAAUUUGGACUCGCCUUGUAUAACAUUCACUGCAUCAAGUGGCUAGUAUUUGAACAGGAAGUACACGUGUGAUGGUGGUGAAGGUGCAUAAUUAUGCUUUUUUUUUUUUUUUUUUCCCCCCCUUCUUUUGAGCAUUACUAAAAGAUGCUGGGUUAUUUUUUUUUAUUUCUUUUUUUUUUUUUUUUUAAAUCAGCAUGUUGGCAUUUAAAGUUGCAUGCAUACUCUCUAACACUCUGAUCCCAGCCCUGCUCCCUCCUCUGUCCUAGCGCAGUAUUCCAGCCAAAACCAUCUUCUCAUCUGCCUCCAUUAAAGAAAUGACAAACUUCCUCAAAAGUCCUAUAUGUGUGUACCGAUUCGCCGCACAACUUCUUCAACCCUCCAUCACAUGCUUUUCUUUGCUGUUGUACCUGAAUGUGGUCUUAAAAGUUAACGAUGUGGUGUUGGGCUGUUGUGUAAGGUCACCCAUUACUGAGGUCGUCGUCUCACUUCACUAUAUUUCGGGAGUCUCGGCAGACAUUCCACCUCUGUGACAGCUGAGACGUCUGUCUGUCAUCUCCUGCUAUCUGUAAAUUUUGCUGUAAAAUCACUACAUGCAUACACACCCCUCUCCCCACAAGUCCCCCUCCCUUUGGACCAAUUGUCAAUAUAAAAGGGUUAUCAGAAUUCCUUCAGCUUGUUCUGAUGGAUGAUUGUUGGCAUCACCUGUUGACUGUAAAUCAUUAAGACGACUACUUGAGAUGACUGUAAAACAUGUAACUGCUUCUUUAGACUUCAACACUACUUAAACUUCUCAUCACUAAUUGAUUUGUCGCUAACUUCUUGUUCAUUAACCGAUGAAACUGAAAUGUCAUUGUACUACAGUAUGAAUGCAUUUUGACUGUAAACUGAGGCUGCUGGGCUCCAGCGCCUUGGGAUUAUUUGCCUUGUGCUUUAGUCAUCAAAGGUGUAUUCACAAAUUGUCAUAGUACGGUACGUAGAAGUAUAUUUAAAAGAAAAAAAAAAAGAUGCUGUGUACACUAAACAUAUUGAAAAUGGUGUUGGUUGGAAUAAGAACAUUUGUAAGUUGUCUUGUGAAAUUUUUUUUUCUGAGAAUAACUGUGUAUUCUGUGCCAUAAAAAAAAAAAAAAAAAAUCAAUAUCUGAUGAUCUGUUGCUACUACAAGUUGGAUUUUUAAACUGCUGCCCCAGCAAGAAGUAUCUUUUAAUGGCACUUUUCCUAAGGGAUAUUUUGGCAUCGGUAAUCUCCAGACUUUGUGGAAUAUGUACAGAAUUAAACGACAGGAAAAAAAAAAGUUUGGAAUAUUUUGUCCCUUUUUCUUUGAGUGGGAAGUUUCCUUCUGCCACAAAAUCUGCUGUUUCAAAUGCCAUGCAUCGAUGAGACGUCUUGUUUACAGACAGAUCAAAUAAACAUUAUUCCAACCAGAGGGAAAGCCAG